AUGAGAGUGACACGCUCUCAAACGGGGAGAACCCCCAAAAAAAUUGAACGUCCAGACUUCGUUGAGACCCCCGGACGCCGCGUAACACGAAGUCGCACCUCGAUGACUCCCGACUCAGCCAUGGAAAUGACUCCGACAUCCCUUGAUAGCAAUACUAAGUCUUCUCCACGGAAGCGCAAGCCGGUCGUGCCCACCGUCAAAGAUGAAUCCGUGGAAGAAGAGGUCCCUCCCAAGACCAAUGGGCAUACCAACGGACACGCCAACGGGAAUACCAAUGGUAAGCCCAAGGUCAUUGAUGGCUGGAUUGAAGGCAUGGAUCCAAAAAUCGACUAUAGCGGGGAAUUUGAAUUUGGAGGAUCACUCGGCGCACUCUCGCUCAUGAUCGGAUUCCCAUUGCUGAUGUACUACAUGUGGAUUGGCGCAACAUAUUACGAUGGAAAACUUCCUCUCCCCUCGAAGGACCAGAGCCUGCCAGAAUUUGUCGCACACCUCGGACGCCUAGUAUACGAAGGAGCAUUCCCGUCUCUCAAAGCAUGGGCGAUGUACUGGAUAUUUUUCAUCUUCGAGGGCAUCUGCUACAUUACUCUCCCCGGUCUCACCUUGACGGGACGACCUCUGCCUCAUGAGGGAGGCAAGCAGCUACCAUACUAUUGCUCUGCCGUGCCAUCAUUCUACACAACCCUAGCCGUUGCGGCAGGUCUGCAUUUUAGCGGUCUCUUCAAACUGUACACUAUUAUUGACGAGUUCGGCCCUUUGCUGAGCGUGGCAAUUCUUUCGGGAUUCCUGGUCUCGUUUAUUGCAUACUUUUCUGCUCUCAUACGUGGUGCCCAACACCGUAUGACUGGUUACCCCAUCUAUGACUUUUUCAUGGGAGCUGAGCUCAACCCUCGAAUGUUCGGUAUCCUUGACUUCAAAAUGUUUUUCGAAGUUCGACUUCCUUGGUACAUUCUUUUGCUGGUCACCCUCGGUGCUGCUGCCCGCCAACACGAGCUGUACGGCUAUGUAUCCGGCGAAGUGUGCUUCCUUCUGAUGGCACACUUUUUGUAUGCCAAUGCUUGUUCUAAGGGAGAGGAGUGCAUCAUUUCGACUUGGGACAUGUAUUAUGAAAAAUGGGGUUUCAUGCUCAUCUUCUGGAAUCUUGCCGGUGUUCCCCUUAGUUACUGCCACUGCACAAUCUACCUUGCCAACCAUCAUCCCGACACUUACCGUUGGAACCCUUUCGCCCUAGCAGCUUUAUUCGUUGGCUAUCUUUUUGUAUACUGGGUCUGGGACACUGCUAACAGCCAAAAGAACCGCUUUCGUCAAAUGGAACGUGGUACCACCGUUUUUCGGAAUGCAUUCCCACAAUUGCCAUGGCAAACUGUGCGCAACCCACAGGUUAUCAAGACCCCCAGCGGAGGCACCAUUCUCGUCUCAGGCUGGUAUGGGCUGGCGCGCAAAGUCCACUAUACCUGUGAUUUGUACUUUGCUCUCAACUGGGGUCUCAUCACCGGCUUUAGCAGCCCAUUCCCUUGGUUCUACCCGCUAUUCUUUGCUGCCAUGAUCACUCACCGUGCCACGCGCGAUAUUCAGCGCUGCCGCCACAAAUAUGGAGAAGCAUGGUUGGAAUAUGAGCGACGUGUUCCAUAUCUAUUCAUUCCUUACGUCUUCUAA